AUGCUAGCGAUUGGUUAUGUGAGUGUCUUAGUAGUUUCACUUGUGAACAAUGUUGCGGGUAACUGCUUGCUUACCAAAUAUUGUGCUGUUAGUCAGUGUUGUUCGGCAUUUGGUGUUUGUGGUACAGGAGUUCAAUACUGUGGUGGAAGUGGUUCUUCACACUUAGGAUGGUCAGCUCCAUUAUAUGUCGCUAAUGAUUGUCGUCUCUUAGGUUGCCGAGCGGGUUUGUGCUGCUCACCAACAGGACAAUGCGGAACUGUAGGCGUUUAUUGUGCUACUGUUUCUUAUAGCAAUUGUGGUACUACAUCAUGUGGUGUUGGUCUUUGUUGUACACAAUAUGGAUAUUGUGCUAGAGUCAAUGCUCAUUGUGCAUAUAAAAAAUCAGGCAGUCAAAGUCAACCAAUAUCACUUACAGGAAAAUUUAAAGGACAAGCAACAUACUACAAUGAAACUAAGGCUAGUGCACAAUACUCAACAUGUGGCGUUGAACGGGGAAAUAAUUAA